UUGAGGGCUGGGUCACAAAUUCCACAACACUCGUGCAGUUGUUCGUAACGUUAGGAUAAAAACCGCCCCAUGUGACGAUCUUGAACAGUUUCUAGCUAGACCACAGACUGAGAGGACGUGUUUUGUGUGUGCGGUGGAAGAUUCGUGGCUUUAAACAUGUCGGGUUUUGUGUUCAACGUCUUUUGUGCAGGACUGUUGGUGGUAGCAGUUUACGGUGCUGCAGUCCCUGCAAAACCAAAGUACAACAGUGAGAAAUCCCUGAGUUCAGCUCAGAAAGUUGAGUUACUGAAAGAACAGCUGGAAGAACUACAGAAGAACUUGUACAAGUUGUCAGACACGUUUUCAUCCGAGCAAGAGGAGGAAAAAGCUUCAGAGACCGUCCCCACCAAAGCUCCGGAGAAAAAGCCGACAACAAAUCCACCGACUGACCCGUCAGAAGAACUCGAGGCCAAAAACUUCGUGGACUCCGUGGCGGCCUCCCUAGAGAAACCCCGGGAACGAGGGCGUGGGUCUGGGAACGAGCUCACGCAGGAGGAUGUUGAUUUUCUACAGGAACUCAAGAGCUUCUUUAAGAAAAAGGCGACUCAGAUGGUGCAGGAGACAAAGGAAGAAACCGAUGAUGAAUUAAAGAAGGAAUCCCAACCCUCUGAGAAAAAGGCAGCCACCAGGACACAUUCUGCAAAGAAAGAGGCUCAGCAGAAAAACGAAGACGCCCUUGCGGACCGUCUCCAGGCGGACCUGCGCGAGGCAUCACGGGAAGGCAUCACCCUGGAGGCGCUGCUCAAACAGAUGAAAGAGGACACCGCAAGACUGAACGAGGAGAGCCGUCGUCAGGCCCUCCAGCUGCAGGGGAAGCGGGAACCCCGGGAACAGAGCGGGGAGGAAAACCUCAUCGCGCUAGCCGAGGGGCAACUUGCCAUGUAAUCAGCAGUCUGUGUUCUUAACUCCGGAUCCCAUGAGUCCAUACACUAAGAAUACCACACUUAGAGAAAGAUUAUGAAUUUUAAAGGAUGUGGUAACACGGUGUACUAGUAUGCACACUUCAGGUAUGCAGGUGUUUCAGUUUUUCU